AUGCUCACGUCCUCCUCUAUCAGCGAAUAUCGCGCAUGGCGCAAGUCGCUCAAGCUGAAAGACGGAGAGCUAGUAGGCUUCUUCCCGACAAUGGGAGCUCUCCACGAAGGACACUUGGAUCUGUGCAGAGCGGCGAAGGAGAAGUGUGCCGUCGUCGUCUCGAGCAUCUUCGUCAACCCAGCUCAGUUCGCCCCGCAUGAGGAUCUCGACAAGUAUCCACGGCAGCAGGAGGAGGACCUCAAGAAGUUGAGGGAGCUGGGAGUAGACAUGGUAUUCCUUCCCAACAACGAGAUCAUGUAUCCUCCUGGCUACGACACGUGGGUGCAGGCAGACGUGGGGAGCGGGAGGAACGAAGGAGCUGUAAGACCGCACUUCUUCCGGGGGGUAGCGACGGUCUGCACCAAGUUGUUCAACAUCGUCCAGCCAGACAUGGUGUUCUUCGGGCAGAAAGAUGCUCAGCAGUGUGUGGUCAUACAGCACAUUGUGAGGGAUCUCAACAUGGACAUCGAAGUCGUCAUAGUGCCCACAAGGCGGGAAGCUGACGGUCUUGCCAUGUCAAGCCGCAACCAGUACCUCACGGGUGAGAUGCGCGCAAAGGCUCCUGUGGUAUACAAGGCUCUCUGCAAGGCGAAGGAGAUGAUAGAAGCUUCCAAGGAAAGAAAUGCCGACAAAGUCCGAGAAGGGAUGAAGGAGGUGCUCAGUCAGGAGCCUCUCGUCCAGAUACAGUACGCGAGCGUUCUGAGCACUGACACUCUGCUCGAGGUUGAAGAGGUCGAGAGCAAAGUUCUCAUCGCCAUUGCUGUCAUGCUUGGAAGCACAAGAUUGAUCGACAACAUGAUUGUACAUUCCGGGUAG